AUGAAACCACCCGGGCAAAUGAGUUCGAUAGUUUCGGUGGCGUUGUUGGUUUGCUUGAUUGGCGGUUUGCUACCAGGACACGUUGCCGAUCAGCUAUCCGUGUUGAACCAGAUACCGUACGGACUGUUGGAGCAUUUGAAGCGCGUUCCGCAGCUAUGGAACGCCACGAGCCCCGGCGAGCAAGAGUGUUUGAAUCAGUUGGACGUGUUCGGAGCGUCCUUCGAUGCCGGUGAAAUGUGGGCACUGAGCAUGUUCGACUCGUGGGGUAAGCAUCCAUCCGGGAUCCUGUUCGGGAACGUGUUCGCUUUCGGUAACUUUGACCAGUGCCGUCGAUUGGCACACCAGAGUGCACUGACGAAGGUACGUGGCCAACACUGUACGCUGUAUGUGGACCUGAGUCGGGCCGGUGUACCGGCUCCGGCACCGUUGCAGUACGGAGUUUGUGUACCGGAUACUUGCGAGCCUCUGCUGGUGGCUCAGCUGACCAAUGCCUACUUCGCCGCGAACCAGAUGCUCGUCGUCAAUGGACCGCUGCUCGAUAUGUUCUGUUAUCGGGACACCGAUGAGUCCUUCCCGGCGGUUACAAUUGUGGCAAUUGUACUGUUCUCGAUUUACGGUGCGAUUCUGCUGCUAGCAACGAUCGUCGAAAUAUUCUUCAUCCACACAAAACAGAAUGCUCCGAGUUAUGUGAAGCGGUUCUCAGCCUACACCAACCUGGGCCACGUGUUUCGUAUUGUGCCUCGCACAGUGGGCAAGGAUGGUGUGCUGGAGUGUGUCAAUGGCAUUCGCGCUCUGUCGAUGCUGUGGAUCAUCAUCAACCAUGUGCACGAUACGGCCUACGGGAUCCCGACGUUCAACAUUCCCGUACGGCAAGAGUACGCAGAAAGCUACUUCGGUGUGCUGUUCCAUCGGUUGGGUGGUAAGGCGGUCGAUAUCUUUCUCAUGCUCAGUGGUAUGCUCGUGUCCAUGAAGAUGCUGCGAGAGCUGGAACGAUCGAGGAAGUUGAAUGUGCUGGAACUUUGGGUGCAUCGUAUCAUUCGCCUAACGCCCGCCUACGCCGCCCUGGUCCUGUUCGGUAUUGCGUUCGUGGAGCAGGUUGGUGAAGGGGCACUGUACAAGCUGGUGGCCGAUGAGCUGAUAUCGGCUUGCACGAAGAGCUGGUGGGCGGCACUGUUGUACGUCCAGAACUACACGCACUACACGUCGAUGUGCUUCGUCCAUACCUGGUAUCUGGCGGUGGAUAUGCAGCUCUACCUGUUGUCCCCAUUGCUCAUCUAUCCGCUGUGGCGUUACGGCAAACGGUUCAUCCCGGCGAUUGUACUGCUUGCUCUGCUCUCGAUUAGCUGCGUUUUCGCUACGUUUAUGGUGAACGAGUACCGAUUGAAUCGAUCGGCACCUCGGGGCGAUGGGUUGAUGCCACGGAAAACCUACCAUCCAACGCAUGCCCGUAUGAGCGUCUGGUUGUUUGGGGUUCUGUUCGGUUAUCUGCUCCAUCGUACACGUGGUGCGCGUGUCAAGCUACCGAUGGUGGCACUGGCCGCCGGAUGGCUCGUUACCAUUGCGAUCCUUGUCGUUACCGGGUACUCGCUGAAGCAGCUCUACGUCGGUGACUACACGACCAUCGCACCGGUUGCCGAUGCAUUCUACGAGUCACUGCACCGCAGCUUAUGGGCCUUUGCCGUCAUGUGGGUCAUCUUUGUGUGUAUCAAUGAGCAGGGUGGCAUUGUCGACCGCUUCCUGGGCAAUCCACUGUGGCAACCGCUCUCCCGGCUUUCCUACUCCAUGUACCUGGUCCACAUUGCCAUCCAGGCGACCACGUUAACGCAGGUACUCCGGUUUCCGGUCGAGUUCACCGUGGUCAACCUCUUCUACACUGCCUUCGGACUGAUCGGCAUUAGCACGGUCGUCGGUAUCGUGUGGUGCAUCGCGUUCGAGUAUCCGUUCUUCGGGCUGGAACAGUACAUUUUCCGAAAGAAAGACUCCAAGCCGUCGAGCGACUGAGUUGAAACGAACGAA